UGUCUGGAAUAGUUCCAAAACCCCGAAACGUGAGAAUUACUUCAUUUAAUCUUCAUAGCAUUUUACAGUGGGAUGCACCUAAGUUUCACAACGGGAAUAUAAGUUACACUGUCCAGUCUAAGAGUGUCAAACUCCCUAGAAACACGUAUGUAAAUGUGAGCACAAACCUGAGGCUCACAGAGUGCAAUGUCUCUUCUCUGCCUGCGUAUGGAGACUACAUUUUACAGGUCAGAGCGGAGUCAGGAAAUAGCCAUUCAGACUGGGCAACCAUCAGAUUUAAGCCAAUGGAUGACACAGUCAUUGGGCCACCUGAUGUCAAAGUGAAGUCAGAGUCUGGGUCCCUGCAUGUGGAUUUCAUAGGCCCUUUUGCUGAACAUGACAAGUGGCCUCUAAAGCAGUAUUACGGCUCGUGGAACUACAGAAUACUGUACUGGAAGAAAAGCAGCAACACACAGGUAACUCAUAUAGAUACUAAACAUAACUCUGAAAUACUGUCCCAGCUGGAGCCAUGGACAAUAUAUUGUGUUCAAGUGCAAGCAGUUAUCCCUGAGUGGAACAAAACGGGGAAACCGAGUGAAGAGCUUUGUGAGCAGACAACCCACAACGGUGUAACUCCUGUGUGGAUAAUUGUGACUGUUCUUAUAGGAUCAAUGUUGGCUGUUGUAAUAUCUGUUGCUGUUUGUUUCUUUUCCUUUUUGUAUCUGUAUCGACUCACCAAAGAUGUUUUCUGCCCUUCAUAUAUUUUCCCAGAACAUUUGAAAGAGUUUUUGAAUAAGCCUCCCAGUGGUCCACAUUAUUUUCCUGCACUCCCACAAGAAGAGCAUCUUUUUUAUGACAAGCUAACUGUCAUUUCAGAAGAAUCCAAAAAUCAGAGCGAUCAGAUUGGGGAUGAGGCUAGCAAGACAACGGAGCAUCUUCAAGACUCUGAACAAGAAGAUUCUGAUUCAAGAACAGUACCAGCUUCAGAAAAGGCCUAA